AUGGAGGACAGUGGCAAAAUGAUAAACGGGAACAACAGCCCAUGUAGUAACAAGGUUGUCGGUUUUCCGACCGAGGGAGGCAACAAAAGCACCAUUGGCCACCACAUCGCACGGCGUCUGGUUGAGAUUGGUGUGAAGGAUGUUUUCACUGUCCCUGGAGACUUCAACCUUGGUCUUCUGGAUUAUUUGGUAGCUGAAGCUGAUAUUAACCUGAUAGGUUGCUGCAACGAGCUAAACGCUGGAUAUGCUGCCGAUGGGUACGCGAGAUGCAAAGGCGUGAGUGCAUGUGUGGUUACUUUCAAUGUGGGUGGGCUUAGCAUCCUUAACGCCAUUGCCGGAGCUUACAGCGAGGAUCUUCCAGUGAUAUGCAUUGUUGGAGCUCCAAAUUCCAACGACAAUGGCAGCCAAAGGAUUAUUCACCACUCCAUUGGCAUCCCAGAUUUCAGUCAAGAGUUACGUUGCUUUCAGCCUGUGACUUGUCACCAGGCUGUAGUAAAGAACUUGGAUGAUGCACAUGAACUGAUCGACACUGCCAUUGCAAGUGCUUUGAGAGAAAGCAAGCCUGUGUAUAUCAGCAUAGCCAGUAACUUGGUUGCCAUCCCUCACCAUUCCUUCAUCGAUGAUCCUCUCCCCUUUUAUUUGACUCCAAAGUUGACUGAUCAAAACUGUUUGGAAAUUGCGGUGGAAGCUACAUCAGAGUUCUUGAACAAGGCAGUGAAACCAGUGAUGGUGGGAGGGCCAAAGUUGAGGAUGGCAAAGGCUAGUAAUGCUUUCAUGAGAAUGGUAGAUGCUUCCGGUUAUCCCUUUGCAGUGUUGGCUUCAGCAAAAGGGAUGGUGGAAGAACAUCAUCCCAACUUCAUUGGCACUUACUGGGGACAAAUUAGCACACCCUUUUGUGCAGAAAUUCUGCAUUCUGCAGAUGCCUACCUUUUCGCUGGUCCAGUAUUCAAUGAUAUUAUCACUUUAGGGUUCUCUCUACCCUUUAAAAAGGAGAAGGCAAUUGUAGUAUUGCCUAAUCGGGUAAUGAUUCCAAACGGACCUACAAUCGGGUGUGUUUCAAUGAAGAGCUUCUUUAAAGCCCUAACAAUACGCCUUAAACGCAACACAACUGCUUUUGACAACUACAAAAGAAUACACGUCCUAAAUGGCCUUCUCAUUCACCCUAACCCAAAGGAAGAUUUAAGGAUCAAUGUUUUGUUCUUGCACAUACAGAACAUGUUGUCCCGUGACACUGCCGUGAUUGCUGAAACAGGAGAUACUUGGUUCACAUGUCAGAAGUUGAAACUACCACAAGGCUGCGGGUAUGAGUGUCAGAUGCAGUACGGAUCAAUAGGUUGGUCAGUUGGUGCAACUCUUGGCUAUGCGCAGGCUGCUCCACACAAGAGAGUCAUUGCUUGUGUUGGCGAUGGUAGCUUCCAGAUGACAGCGCAGGAAGUCUCAACGAUGUUACGGAGUGGACAAAAUUGCAUAAUCUUUCUAAUUAACAAUGGCGGAUACUCUACAGAGAUACAAAUCCAUGAUGGACCUUACAAUGUUAUAAAAAACUGGGACUAUGCUGGACUGGUGGAAAAAAUAGACAAUGGUGAAGGCAAAUGCUGGACUACCAAGGUGCACUGUGAGGAGGAGCUAACAGAAGCAAUAAAGAUAGCAAUGGAAAGAAAAAAGAGUUGCCUAUGCUUCAUUGAAGUGAUAGUCGAGAGCGAUGAUGCAAGCAAGGAAUUGAUUGUGUUGGGAAGCAGGCUUGCGGCUUUUAGUGGUCGCCCACCUAAGGAUAAUUAA